AUGCCUCAUUAUCCGACCCACUACUCAUUCUCUAGCAUCGAUUGCAACCCCAACGGUCGCGUGGCGUCGCUAAACAUCGUCUACGUUUCGCUCUUCGGUGCCCUCCCGCCUGGAAUCGACAUGUUGGGAAGGCUCUUCAACCUCACCCUCUUAGGGACCAACCUGACCUGCCCACUGCAGGUGAAAAUAUGCAGACUAACCUCGCCGAAGCUCGUAAAUAUCAAUCAGAAUGCGUUCGCCGACGCCGCUUCUGGCGAGGUUGUGGUGGGCUUUUUCCUAACUCAAGGUGUUCGAUGUGCUCAAGAACAAUUUCUCUGGCAGCCUGCCGGCUCCGCCAACAACAAUUUCUCUCGGCCCACAGGCGAUGGGUCUCCAAACUGUCGCCUCUCGACCGGGGCCAACUCACCCUCGACCUGA